UUUCUCUCUCACGAAACAAGUUUUAUUUAGUUUGUAAAACGAGUAUGAUAAUGAGUGAAAAUAAGUAUAUUAAUUCAAAUGUGAAUAGUAUCUUAAGAUCAUAAUGAAAGAUCUUCGACGAUUUAAGGAUUUAUUGAUGUUAAUGACAUGUUUUCUAAACACUUUCUACGUUUUUAGAAUGUUAUACAAAUUAUUUGAAUUUUGUUAUUAUGCACAAAAUGAAUUUUAUAAUAGUUGUAAAAAUCUUGCAUAGAACAUUUUAUGUGAUUAAUAUUUAUACAUAUAAUACUUCAUGUGCACAUUGUUAAAAAAUAAUUACUUUAGUUAGUUUACUGACAUCGUUUUAAGCGAUCUACACUCGGUUAAAUAAUACUAUUAUAGCAUGGUUAUGCAAUCGAGAAAAUUUCUCUUUCUGCGAUGCAAUCGUGUCCGGUUGAACGUUCAUGAUGAGCGAUCACAUGUGUUUGCAUGUGUGUAGUUCUACAUAAUAUUUAUGGACAUGUGUGCCAUUUAAAAAGAAAUUUUGACAAUGAGUUGACUUACCAUUGUUCUCAAUGUCCUCAAUCCUCUUGAUUGUCAUGCCCAUCCUCUAUCGAAUAUCAUUGGAUAGAGAUAACAAACGAUAAUAGCAAGAAGGAGGAGGAAAAAGAGAAGAAAAAGAAGAAGAAGAAGAAGGACCAUGCUAGAGCCAGUUCUUGGAAUAUCACCGAUCUGGUGGUUGGUGUUAUAUGCUGCCCUGCUGUUAUUAUUGUCACCAUUGGUGCUGUUGCUGAUCGUCUUUCUACCAAAUUUUCCAAUAUUAGUUUUACGUAGAAUGUGUUAUAUACCAAUGGAAUCCAUAUGACAAUUAUUUUCAGUCAAUUCGAUAAAAACAGAUAGUAUUUUCAAAGAAAUAUAAAAUUCUUUAAGCAUUGUUUUUCCAUAUUUUGAACUACAUCUAGAAAUUAUUUGGAUUUUCAUUUUAUUAGAUAAAUUUUGUAGAUCUCAAGAAUGACAAAAAAAAAAUGUCUCUGGUUUCUAUACGUUGAUUAGCUGAAACGUUCGAACGAAUUUAAGUAAGAUUUAAUGUUUAAUUUCGAUAAAAAUUGUGUUAUCUCGAACCACCGAGUUUAAUACGAUUGAGAAAUAUUUGAUUCUUGGGAAAUUUGCGUGGUUCAUGGAAGAAAAUCAAAUGGUAACUGUGCAAAUCAAAAUACGAAUACGAUUAUAUAUCAGCUUUAAUUAAAAAUUAAUAUUACGUUAGUAAUUAUGUCUAUGUAGAGUUAAUUAACAAAACCUUCGACUAUAAUAAUGCAAUUAUUUUUUGUUCUAAUUAUUUAUUCGUGUUUGUAUGCAUGAAGGAUAUCUCAAUAAUGAAUAGAAUCGAAGGUAUUUCCUGUUGUUUUUAUUACUAUUUUUUACAAUCAAAAUGUUUUCAUAAUCUUAUUUGUUAUGCGAAUUUUUAUAUAAAAUGAAAAAUUAUCUUUGAUUCAUAUGUAGAGUAUAUUGUUGAGAGCAAACUAGUAUGAUAAAGAUAGCGAAGAGAAAAAAUCAAAUUCAAGGAUAAUCCAAUUGAAAUUCCAUCGAUCUGAUAGAUAGACACGUGCUAUAUUUCAUUUUCAAGAAAUUUCUUCAUGCAACUAGUAUAAUAAUAUGUUCUAUUAUAUUAUUAGCAUUUAGCAAGGACUUUAAUAAUAUAACAUAACAAAGUCAAGUACAAUAUGCGUUAAAAAUAUUUUUGUAUAGUUUAUUAGAAAAGCUAGCAACUUGGCAAAAGGGAGCAAAGGUAACGGACGAUGAAUUAUUUAUGAACAUAAAUCGUUAACUCUAUGUAUAUUUAACGUGAAUAUAUUAUAUGAGUUGGCAUAUAAUAGGAAUGUUAGGUGAAAAAUAUUAUGGCGUUUGAUAAUUAUUUAGAAUAUUUUCAAAUUUCUUUUUCAAUAUCGUAUUUUAUUUAUUCACAUAAUAAUUAUCAAAAUGAUAUUAAUUAUUGUGUAAUCAAUUAUCGUAUGUAUGAAUUAUUGAAAAGGAAAUGUGAUCAAAAUGAAAAGUGAUAGUUGUUGAUUUUACACAUGUGUCCCUAGAUAAAUUAAAGAAUAGUAUACGAUUUUAUUAGUGUACAUUGUCCUAGUAAGGUGACGUAGAAAUGAGAGUUUCGUUCAAGGUAGUAGUAGCCCACUUUCGUUUCUAAAUAUAUUACGAUAUGAUCGAUCAAAUGAUAUUUUAAAUAUUGCGAAGAUAAUUGUUAUGUAAAUAUACGAUUAAUUGAAAUGAUUUAAAAUCAUGAUAUUGGUAUGAAAAAUUGUAUGAUAUAAGUAAAGGUCCUUGCAUUUGUUAGAUUUGGAAAAGGAACAUCAGCCAAUUGUUGACGUCCUUCUACGUUUUAUCAGCACUCCUUACAUUAUUAUAGUCAGACUCGAAGUUGGGACCUUAUAGUACAUGGCUAUCGGUGAGUACUUUCGCUGCGAGUUGGUUAUGUAGUGGGGGAGUUGAGACUUGAACCCUGAGACCCCAUAAGCCAUAUAUACUACGGGAGCAUGCAACUCUCUUGCUACUUACUGUCAGCUUCUCGACGAUCCCCGUUCUUAACAAGCAACGUUCUUCGACGCGUUCAUCAAGAAGGCCAAUUCUAGAGUUGAACAAUAAAGAUGAGAAUCCUGAUCAUAUCACUAUUGAUAUGUAUCGUGGCAUCAGAACCAGGCUUAUUGAGGGUUCCAAAAGUAUACAACGCUGUGAUCACAAGUAAUCAAAAUCUUUCACCAUCGAGAGCUUACCCAGUGAUACAACCAGUAAUUCAUCGAACUGCGAUCGGUUACGUGCCACCAUUUUAUUAUGCUAACGUAGCACCUCACCUCGCUGGACCGGAAGUGAUACAUUUUCCACGUACCGAACAACCAACUGGUAAUACUGAAAAACCUGAAGAUAUUGCUGAUGGUUCUACAGAAUCAGUUACCGAAAAAGAUGGAAGUUCCGAGGCAUCUAAUGUUAAGAAACAAAGUGAGGAUAAUUCUAAGAAGAAAAAAGGGAAAAAAGAUGGAGAAGAAGAAGUGCCACUAAGCUUUUAUCCAAAUUAUCAAUCACUUUAUUAUGAUCCUUAUUUUUACACUUACAAUGCUUUCAAUCCCCAUUUGAUACCGGGAACUUAUUAUGUUGAUUAUCAACCAUUCGCACCGAUUCCACCAAUUAUUCCAAAACCAGCCUUGAAUGGAAAUAUUCUGCCAAAUUAUAGUUCUGAUGAAAAUAAGGAUAGAAGAAAAGAAGGAAAUGAGAAAGAGAAGAUACCGGAUGUACCACCACCACCAGUGCCAACGUCAUCACCGAAAAAUUCACGUUGAUGAGGAACCACUUUAACAAUGGUUCUCAAUAUCUUUAUCAAAAUUUUGUAACUUUAAUAAUUUGUAAAAAAAACUCGUUACAGAAGUUUGAGAACCAAUGUAUUAGAGGAUUAUAUUCUUGAGAAUUUUUCUUGAGAUACUUUCGAGGCUGAUAGAGACUGCAAAACAAAACAA